AUGCAGAGACUCCUUGUCUUAGAAUGGGCCGAUUUUCUGAAAGGAUUGCCCGUCUACAACAAAAGCAACUUUAGCCGAUUCCAUGCUGACUCUGUGUGUAAAGCUUCGAACCGACGUCCGUCAGUCUACCUGCCCACACGAGAGUAUCCAUCUGAACAAAUCAUCGUGACAGAAAAGACAAAUAUCCUCUUGCGCUACCUACAUCAGCAAUGGGACAAAAAGAACGCUGCCAAGAAACGAGACCAGGAGCAAGUGGAUCUAGAGGGCGAGAGCUCGGCACCUCCCCGCAAGAUCGCACGGACCGACAGCCAGGACAUGCACGAGGACACUUAA